GGCAAUAUGACUGAAUAAGAAAAUGCGCAAAAUCAGCCGUGAGUCCUGGCCGGUUUAAACUUACUGUCAAAUAUUCACUGUUCAGUUGAUCAUGUCUUUGAAAUGUAGCAGAAAGUUCGAAGCGGGAUACCUGCUUAUUCUCCUGAUGAUGCCAGGUCUGCUGGGUCAGGAAGGGAAGACAGUGACCAUCACAGAGAGACUGGGUAACAAAGUGACUCUGCAUACUGGUGUUACUGGACUACAGAAUGACUCUUUCAUAGUGUGGACAUUUGGAACUUCUAGUCCACCCCCAACAAUAGCUAAAUCAGCUAAUGGGAAGAUUGAAUCCAACAUGAGUGAGAGAUUCAGAGGGCGGCUGCAGCUGGACCCACAGACUGGAUCUCUCAGCAUCACAAACAUCAGCACUAGUGACUCUGGCAUUUACCAGUUACAGAUCAUAAAGGACCACAUACUGAAGAAAGAAUUUGAUUUAAACAUAUACAAUCCAGUGAACAGGCCGCACAUAACAUCCCUACAAGCAUCCAGCCGCUCAUCAGUCCGACCUUCAGCCAGUGGGAGCUGCUGGGUUCUGUGCUCUGUGGAGAACGGGAGAGACGUCACCCUGUCCUGGUACAGAGGGACCGAGACACUGAACCAAACUAGCAGUCCUGAACUCAGCACCAGCCUGUCUCUCCCCCUGGAGAUCUGGGAGGACAGUCCUGCCUACAGCUGUGUGGCCACCAACCCAGUCAGCGAAGAGGCUGCAGAGGGGAACAUCAAACAGCUGUGUGCUGAGCUGGAAUGCGGAGUGAAAUUAACCGCGCAUGCUUGGUUGCUUACUUACUGUGCUAUAUCAACUGAACAAUGUAUCAUGUCUUUGAAAUGUAGCAGAACGUUUGAAGUGGGAUACUUGCUUAUACUCCUGAUACCAGGGCUGCUGGGUCAGGAAGGGAGGACAGUGACCAUCAGAGGGAGACUGGAGAACAGUGUUACUCUACAUAGUGAUUUUACUGACUCCUUUAUAGCUAAUGCUUCCAUUAUAGUGUGGACAUAUAAUACUGCCACAAAAAUAGCCAAAUCGGUUUAUGGGAGGAUUGAAACCAACAUCAGUGAGAGAUUCAGAGGGCGGCUGCAGCUGGACCCACAGACUGGAUCUCUCAGCAUCACAAACAUCAGCACCAGUGAUGCUGGGAUUUACCAGUUACAGAUCAUAAAUGGACAAGUACUGAAGAGAGAAUUUAAUCUAGAAAUAUACUAUCCAGUGAACAGGCCGCACAUAACAUCCUUACAAGCAUCCAGUCCCUCAUCAGUCCGACCUUCAGCCAGUAGGAGCUGCUGGGUUCUGUGUUCUGUGGAGAACGGGAGAGACGUCACCCUGUCCUGGUACAGAGGGACCGAGACACUGAACCAAACCAGCAGCCCUGACCUCAGCACCAGCCUGUCUCUCUCCCUGGAGAUCUGGGAGGACAGUCCUGCCUACAGCUGUGUGGCCACCAACCCAGUCAGCGAAGAGGCUGCAGAGGGGAACAUCAAACAGCUGUGUGCUGAGCUGGGACCUUCACCAAUGCCCAGGAUGUACAUUAUACCUGCUAUACCUGCAGUGUUGAUCCCUACAGCUGUGAUGCUAAUGAUUGGACUCAUUUGUCUUACAUAUAACACCAAAAAAUGCAGGGAAGUUAAAGCUUCUGAUGGUCCUCCUGAUUCCACACUAAGUGUUGGUGUCUACAUCCCAGCUCCUGUAAACCCCAGAUGCUCCCUCAAGCAGCAUCCAGGAUGUAUGAGAACAGCGGCUGCCAGAGAUGGGGACAGCGUUACAUUCACCAGCGUGUGCCUACAAAAGUACAGCUCAAUACCCAGGUCCAUGUGGAAGCAAGACAGGAGCAGGAACUACAUAACAACUUCUAACAAAAUAAGGCUGCUGGGUCAGGAAGGGAAGACGGUGACCAUCACAGAGAGACUGGGUAACAAAGUGACUCUGCAUACUGGUGUUACUGGACUACAGAAUGACUCUUUUAUAGUGUGGACAUUUGGAACUUCUAGUCCACCCCCAACAAUAGCUAAAUCAGUUAAUGGGAAGAUUGAAUCCAACAUGAGUGAGAGAUUCAGAGGGCGGCUGCAGCUGGACCCACAGACUGGAUCUCUCAGCAUCACAAACAUCAGCACCAGUGAUGCUGGGAUUUACCAGUUACAGAUCAUAAAGGACCACAUACUGAAGAAAGAAUUUGAUUUAAACAUAUACAAUCCAGUGAACAGGCCGCACAUAACAUCCUUACAAGCAUCCAGUCGCUCAUCAGUCCGACCUUCAGCCAGUGGGAGUUGCUGGGUUCUGUGUUAUGUGGAGAACGGGAGAGACGUCACCCUGUCCUGGUACAGAGGGACCGAGAGACUGAACCAAACCAUCAGCCCUGACCACAGCACCAGCCUGUCUCUCCCCCUGGAGGUCUGGGAGGACAGUCCUGCCUACAGCUGUGUGGCCACCAACCCAGUCAGCGAAGAGGCUGCAGAGGGGAACAUCAAACAGCUGUGUGCUGAGCUGGGACCUCCACAGAUGCCAAGGAUGUACAUUGUACCUGCAGUGUUGAUCCCUACAGCUGUGAUACUAAUGGUGAUUGGCUUCAUUUCUGUUAAAUAUAAAACCCGAAAAUGCACGGAAGUUAAAGAAACUGAGAACCCCAGCAAUGCGGUCAGUGAUCAGGUGACCUACGCAGACAUUAACACUGAGAGGACAAACACGCAGCCUUCGGAGGAGUCCAGCACAGAGGUAGAAUGCCGCACCAUGUACGCAGCUGUCAGAUGACUGUGCAGCUGUGUAUUAGCUUGCGGCAGCUGAACAGCAUAACAAGGUUCCUUGGAGUCUUUAAAGGCUGUUUGAUCUAUCUGCUGAUGGUCUGGGGACAUGUAUCUGUAAACUAUAACUAUUUGUAUUUCAACCAGUAUUAUAAAGUGUUGAUUUUUUUUAUUUAGUUUUUAUUUUUGUACUUUCAGUUAUCAUUUGAAACCCAGUGUGGCCUGUUAGUUGUCACUGAGCUUCACUGUCUCUCCUGCUCAUUGUUAUCCUGGACAGUCGCUCUGCUCACCAGCUUUUCUUUGUAUCUCAGGGGCACCAAUAAACUUCCCCUCCCAUCCUCUAA